AUGGCGCAAGGCCCUCCAAAAACCCUGUCGCCCCAAGUCAUCCCCAACCUCAGUGUACACUUCUCGAUUUUGCGCAUGCUUGCGCCACGCAUCGUCGGUGGCCUUGAUUUGUGCGUGUCAUCCUUGCUCAGGGGUCAUGCUACAUAUGCCAGCAUGAACACCGACAAACCUUUUGCAAGAAGCACUAUGACAUCUGCCACGUAUGCCGCGGGGACCACGUCAGUGAGCCUAGCCGAGGUCGUUUGCGACUUGGUCGUUGGGCGCCGGGAUGAGUGCGUGGAUGUGGGCAAGAAGCUAGACCAGGCCAAGGAUGACGUGAAGAACAUCCAGAAGGCGGCAAAAAAAUCGGGAGGAGGCGGAAAAAACUCUGAGCCGAAGCCAGGUCUGGGUGAAGGUGGCUCAGUUUGCGCUUCAUGUCAGCUGGCAGCUCUGUCUGCACUACCGCGAAGACACCCUGGACAUGCUGACAGCUGGUGA